AAUUUUUGAAACUUCUUCACCCUGCUGUUCUUCAGCCAUGAGUUCGUCAUUCUCAUUGCCAAACUCAAAGAAACAAACCAGAGAAUUCAAGAGGGGAGAUGCGAAUUGAAAGGAGCCAUGAAUAUGCAAGGCCUUCAUCAUCAACAACAACAGUUGGCAGCUCUGCUCUCCGUUGCUCUCCCCAAAGACAAGGAUUCUUCAUCUUCAUCCUCAUCGCAACAUAACAAUCCAUCGUCUGAAGGUGGAGAAGACGACGCUUCUCGAUUGGCAGCCAUUAACUCACUUCACCGCGCCAUUGUUUAUCCUCAUAACUCACUCCUUGUCACUCACUCUGCCUCGUUUCUCGCUCAGGGGUUUUCGCAACUCAUUGCAGACAAAUCAUAUACUGUACGUCAAGCUGCUGCAACAGCCUAUGGUGCCUUGUGUGCAGUCUUAUGUUCACUCCCUAUUGGAUCAAAUGGAAGGCAAAAUCAUGUAAUUCUUGGAAAUUUAGUUGAUAGAUUUAUAGGAUGGGCAUUGCCAUUGUUUAGCAAUAUUAAUGCUGGUGAUGGGACAGUGGAAAUUGCAGCAGAAGGUCUUCAUGAAUUCCUCAAUGUUGCAGACAUUGGAGCUACUGAGAGAUACGCAUUACCAAUUCUCAAAGCAUGUCAAGAGCUUCUUGAGGAUGAAAGAACCUCCUUAAGCUUACUGCAUCGCCUUUUGACUGUGUUGACUUUGAUUUCUUUGAAGUUCUUCAUCUGUUUCCAGGCCCAUUUUGUCGACAUAGUUGAUUUGCUUCUUGGGUGGGCAAUGAUACCUGACCUUGCUGAAUCUGAUAGGAGUGUCAUUAUGGAUAGCUUUUUGCAAUUUCAAAAACAUUGGGUCAACAACUUACAAUUCUCCUUGGGAUUGCUUUCAAAGUUUUUGGGUGACAUGGAUGUACUACUUCAAGAUGGAAGCCCUGGGACUCCACAACAACGUCAAAGAUUGCUUGCUUUGUUGUCUUGUUUUUCUACAGUUUUACAAUCUACAGCUUCUGGGUUGCUGGAGAUAAAUUUACUGGAAGAAAUUAAAGACCCCCUCACUAGAAUGCUUCCUCAAUUGUUACAAUGUUUGUUAAUGGUCGGAAGGAAAUACGGCUGGUCAAAAUGGAUAGUGGACUCCUGGAAGUGUUUGACUCUUUUGGCAGAAAUUCUGAGUGAGAGAUUUUCAUCUUUCUACAGUAUUGCAGUUGACAUCCUGUUUCAAAGCUUGGAUAUGAGGAACACUGCUAAAACUUUGAAUGCUGAGAAACUGACUUCUUUUCAGGUUCAUGGGGUUCUCAAGACCAAUCUUCAGUUACUUUCACUUCAGAAGCUUGGUCUUCUAUCUUCAUCAGUAAAUAAAAUAUUACAGUUUGAUUCACCUGUUUCCCAGCUUCGUCUGCAUCCAAAUCACCUGGUGACCUCAAGUUCUGCUGCUACAUAUGUCUUCUUACUGCAACAUGGAAACAAUGAAGUUGUUGAAUGUGCAAUGAAUUCAUUACUUGAAGAGCUAAACAUGUUAAAAAGCAUGCUUGGGGGCGUUGUGGCUCCUAAAGUAUUUUCCAAAACCGAGCUUUUUGCACUCUUUAAGUUUGAUAUGAAAGUUCUCCUGAGUUGUGUUUCUUUGGGUGGUGGUAGUAGUUUGAUAGGCCAACCAGAGAUCGAUACUUUAUAUGUUAAUAGAUCAAAGAAAAUGAUAUAUCAUGUCAUUGACAAUCUGAAUCCUUUUGAAUUACCUAUUCAAGGAUAUAUGGAGUUACAAGUAACCAUUUUCAAGAUGCUAAAUAGGCUAAGUAUAGUGGAAUUUCUCAGUAAGUUCUCAUUGAGGAAACAUAACAAUGGGGUUGGACCUUCAAUGUUGAUGUUGGAGCAUUUCAGGAAGUACAGUCAGCUCCUCACGAAAGCUCUUAAUGUUUCAUCUCCUUUAGCAGUGAAGUUAGAAGCAUUACAAUGGAUACAUACAUACUGUCAGACUGUUAAACGUAUGCAUGACAAGUCAAAGUGUGCAGAUUAUGAUUCUGAGGCUAUUGGGUAUCUUGAGUUUUUUGGUGAGAUUGUGUUCUCUGUUCUUGAUGCUGCAUCUGAUAGGGAACCAAAAGUGAGGUGUCAGGUUGCAUUGGUAUUGGAAAUGUUUCUGCACUCAAAACUUAUACACCCCUCACAAAUGUACGCAUUAACUGAAGUUAUUCUUGAAAAGCUUGGAGACCCAGAUGAAGAUAUCAAAGAAUUAUUUUUGAAGUUGCUUUCUCAUGCAUUGCCCAUCACAGUACUUGUAUGUGGCAUACAUGAUGACGUGACAGUUACAAAAUACAGGCGAUCAAUCAUGCAGUGGAAGCAAAUUUUUGCCUUGAAGCAACUGCCACAUCAGCUUCACUCAAAGCAGCUUGUUUCCAUCCUAAGUUACAUUUCACAAAGAUGGAAGGUGCCUCUUUCUUCUUGGAUCCAGCGACUUGUCCAUACUUGUCACAAUUCAAAAGAUUUUGCUUUAGCCCAACAAGAAGACACAGGAAACCUGCAUGUGAUUAGCUUGUUUUUGGACAUGAACAUGGAGGAAGAUCUUCUAGAAAGAACAUGUUCAGUCAAUCUCCUUGCUGGAGCAUGGUGGGCCAUACAUGAAGCAGCUAGAUACUGUAUUACUACACGCCUUCGGACCAAUCUUGGUGGGCCCUCACAAACUUUUGCUGCUUUGGAGCGAAUGCUUGUGGAUGUUGCACAUGUAUUACAGGCGAAUACCGACCAAAGUGAUGCAAACCUAAAUAUUUUAGGUUCUUCUUAUUCUCAUGCUCACUUGUUACCAUUGAGGUUAUUACUUGAUUUUGUCGAGUCUUUGAAGAAAAAUGUGUACAAUGCUUAUGAUGGAUCAACUGUUUUACCAUCUCCAUCUCGCCAGAGUUUUGUUUUCUUUAAAGCAAAUAAAAAAGUCUGUGAAGAAUGGUUUUCUCGUAUAUGUGAGCCAAUGAUGAAUGCAGGUCUCGCACUUCAGUGUCAUGAUGCUACAAUUCAUUACUGUAGUUUGCGUCUGCAAGAGCUCAAAAGUUUAUUGGGUUCAUCUAUGAAGGACAAGUCAAGGACCCAAGUCAUUGAAAAUCUUCAAAAUAUGAAAUCUAGGUUCUUGGGAGAUAUCUUGAGGGUCUUACGGCAUAUGACCUUGUCUUUAUGUAAGAAUCAUGAGCCAGAGGCUUUAAUCGGGUUGCAAAAAUGGGUAUCGGCUGCAUUUUUUCCUUUGUUUAUGGAAGAAAACCAAAGUAUGAUUGGACCUUUGUCCUGGAUCACAGGGCUUGUCUAUCAAGCACAAGGUCAAUACGAAAAGGCUGCUGCUCACUUCACUCAUUUGUUACAAACUGAAGAGUCACUUGGCUCAAUGGGCUCUGAAGGUGUACAAUUUGCCAUAACUCGUAUAAUUGAAAGUUACAGUGCAGUUUCGGAUUGGAAAUCCCUUGAAUCUUGGCUAUCAGAGUUGCAACUUCUUCGUGCUAAGCAUGCUGGUAAAAGCUAUUCUGGUGUUCUAACAAUGGCAGGAAACGAGUUGAAUGCCAUUCAUGCCCUUGCUCAUUUUGAUGAUGGUGAUUACAAGUCAGCAUGGGGUUGCCUUGACUUGACUCCUAAAAGUAGCAAUGAACUUGCACUAGACCCGAAAGUAGCUUUGCAAAGGAGUGAGCAGAUGCUUUUACAAGCAAUGCUUUACAAUAUUGAAGGAAAUUUGGAUAAAGUGCAGCAUGAACUACAGAAGGCGAAAUUAAUGCUUAAUGAAACAUUUACCACUUUGCCACUUGAUGGGUUAACAGAAGCAGCAGAACAUGUUCAUCAGUUGCAUUGCAUAUCUGCAUUUGAAGAGAGUUGCAAGAUUUCAGGCACCCAAGACAUUUUAAGUUCAUAUAUUCGAGAAGUGCAGUUCCCAAGCAAUCACAUUUAUCAAGAUUGCAAACCAUGGAUGAAAACUCUCCGUGUUUAUCAAAGCAUUCAUUCCAACUCUCCAGUGACUCUAAAUCUCAGCUUAAAUUUACUGCGUUUAGCUCGAAAACAAAAGAACCUGAUUUUGGCAAAUCGUCUCAAUGACUAUUUGAAGUGUCAUUUAGGUGAAGAAAGUUUUCAUAAAUCCAUCCUCUCAAGUUUACAAUAUGAAGGCAUACUCUUGAUGCGUGCUGAGAACAGGCUUGAAGAGGCAUACACAGGUCUAUGGUCAUUUGUUAGUCCUUUCAUGCUUCACUCCUCACCUAUUGUUUCAGUUAUCCCUGAUGGUGUUUUAAAGGCGAAAGCCUGCUUAAAACUUUCAAAAUGGUUAAAAAAGGACCACUUGGAUGCCAAUUUGGAGAACAUUAUUCUAAAGAUACGAUCAGAAUACAGUGAUGAUACUACCAACUAUCGACCUAGGAUGGAUCUCAUUGUUGAGGAGCUUGUAGGGACAGCUACUAAGCUCUCUUCACGACUUUGUCCCACUAUGGGAAAGUCAUGGAUCUCUUAUGCUUCUUGGUGUUAUGCUCAAGCUAAGGAGACAAGUGACACCACCCUUCAAUCCUGCUCGUUUUCUCCAAUUCUUGAUUCAGAACUUGUACCAGACAGGUUUAGGUUAACUGAAGAAGAGGUCUCAAGAGUCAAACAUGUUGUUUCAGAGCUUCUUCAGAAAGCAAGAGAUGUUAAAGACUUAGAUAGCAACAAUGUUCAUGCGGUGGUGCAGCAAGUAGUGAAUAUAAUAGAAGCUGCAGCUGGAGAACUUGAAUGCCUUUCUGUUGUUGUUGCCUCCAAGUUGCAGAAAUUCUUUCUUUUUGCCAAUAUUGAUGUUGAGGGAAGUGCGUUUUUUAACGAGUUGGUUGAUGUUUGGUGGUGUUUGAGAAAGAGAAGGGUAUCUCUAUUUGGGCAUGCAGCUCAAGCUUAUAUAAAUUACCUCUCACAUUCAUCUUCCAAGUUAUGGGGUAGUCAAACAGAAGGUCAAAAGAAUUAUAGUUAUACCUUGAAAGCUACACUUCAUGUCCUGCAUAUUCUCCUAAACUAUGGGGUGGAGUUAAAAGUUACUCUUGAACCUGCACUUUCAAAAGUUCCUUUGUUGGCAUGGCAGGAAGUAACUCCUCAACUAUUUGCUCGGUUAAGCUCUCACCCUGAAGAAGAUGUUAGGAAACAGCUCGAGGGCAUUUUGGUCAUGCUGGCAAAACAAUCUCCAUGGUCGAUAAUUUAUCCAACCCUCGUUGAUAUUAACACAAGUGAAGAGGAUCCUUCGAUGGAGCUUACACGAAUAUUGGCAUGUUUGAACAAGCAAUAUCCAAGAUUAGUCCAGGAUGUCCAACUCAUGAUUAAAGAGCUAGAAAAUGUAACCAUUCUUUGGGAAGAAUUGUGGCUCAGCACACUGCAAGAUCUUCACUCAGAUGUAAUCGGACGGAUAAAUUUGCUGAAAGAGGAGGCAUCACGUAUUGCAGAGAAUGUGACUCUUAGUCAUACUGAAAAAAGCAAGAUAAACGCAGCAAAAUACUCUGCUAUGAUGGCACCCAUUGUUGUUACCCUGGAGCGUCGUUUAGCUUCCACCUCACGUAAACCUGAAACACCUCAUGAAAUAUGGUUCCACAAUGAGUACAUGGGACAAAUCAAGUCAGCCAUUUCAAACUUCAAAACUCCACCAUCUGCUGUCACACUAGGGGAAGUUUGGAGACCAUUUGACACCAUUGUUGCAUCUUUAGCAUCCUAUCAAAGAAAAUCAUCAAUAUCAUUGUCAGAAGUCGCACCUCAAUUGGCUCUACUUUCAUCAUCUGAUGUCCCAAUGCCAGGUCAGGGUAAUAUUGUCACAAUUACAUCUUUCUCUGAACAAGUAGUUAUCUUGCCAACAAAGACGAAACCGAAAAAGCUUGUUAUAAUGGGCUCAGAUGGUCAGAAAUACCCUUAUCUGUUAAAAGGCCGGGAAGACCUUCGACUUGAUGCUAGAAUAAUGCAACUUUUGCAAGCCAUAAAUGGUUUUCUGCAUUCGUCUCCUAUUGGCAUUCGCCAUUAUUCAGUGACACCUAUUAGUGGUCGAGCUGGUUUAAUUCAAUGGGUGGAAAAUGUAACAAGUAUUUAUAGCGUGUACAAGUCUUGGCAGAAUCGCGUCCAGGUGGCACAGCUUUCAGGGGUUGCUUCUACCAAUACAAAGAACUCAGUGCAAUCGCAUGUACCUCGGCCUACUGAUAUGUUUUAUGGUAAAAUUAUACCAGCAUUAAAGGAAAAAGGCAUAAGAAGAGUGAUUUCUAGAAAAGAUUGGCCUCAUGAAGUUAAGAGAAAAGUUCUUUUGGACCUUAUGCAGGAGACUCCUAAACAGCUUCUUCAUCAAGAAAUAUGGUGUGCAAGUGAAGGUUUCAAAGCCUUCCGCUCAAAAUUGAAAAGGUAUUCUGGAAGUGUAGCAGCCAUGAGCAUGGUAGGGCACAUAUUGGGUCUUGGGGACAGGCAUUUGGAUAAUAUUCUUUUGGACUUCCAUAGUGGUGAUAUUGUUCACAUUGAUUAUAACGUGUGCUUUGACAAAGGACAAAGGUUAAAAGUUCCAGAAAUUGUCCCCUUCCGUCUGACUCAAACACUUGAGGCAGCUUUAGGAUUAAUGGGCACUGAAGGCUCCUUCAAGAAAAACUGUGAAGCAGUUCUUGGUAUCUUGAAAAAGAACAAAGAUGUAGUCUUGAUGUUGUUAGAGGUUUUUGUGUGGGAUCCUCUUGUGGAGUGGACACGUGGCGAUUUUCACGAUGAUGCUGCCAUUGUUGGUGAAGAAAGAAAAGGAAUGGAACUUGCAGUUAGCUUGAGUCUCUUUGCUUCUCGUGUGCAAGAAAUUCGUGUACCUUUGCAGGAACAUCAUGAUCUCUUAUUGGCUACACUACCAGCUGUGGAAUCUGCUCUUCAGCGUUUUGCAGACAUCCUAAGUCAAUAUGAGAUUGUAUCUUCCAUAUACAAUCGCACAGAACAAGAAAGAUCUAACCUUAUUCUCCACGAAACAUCAGCUAAAACCAUUGUUGCUGAAGCAACUAAUAAUCUUGAAAAAACACGCACAUUGUACGAGUUACAGGGUCGUGAAUUUUCUCAAACUAAAGCUUCUGUAGCUGAAAAAGCCUUAGAGGCAGCUGCCUGGAUCGAACAACAUGGAAGAAUCAUUGAAGCUCUAAGAAGCAGUUCAAUCCCAGAGAUAAAAUCCCACAUAAAUUUAAUUGGAAACGAAAAAUCUUUAUCUCUUACAUCUGCUGUCCUAGUAGCAGGGGUUCCAUUUACUGUUGUCCCAGAGCCUACACAAGUCCAAUGCCAUGAUAUAGACAGAGAAGUUUCUCAGUUAAUUUCUGAUUUAGAUCAUGGGAUUACAUCUUCUGUUACAUCUCUCCAAACAUAUUCUUUAGCUUUACAAAGAAUUCUUCCAUUAAAUUACCUUACAACCAGUCCAGUCAACAGUUGGGCACAAAUUCUGAAACUUUCUGUCAGUACAAUUUCGUCAGAUGUUCUGUCCAUUACCAGAAGACAAGGUGCUGAACUUGUUGCAAAUGUUCGUGAAGAUGGUUUUGACACAGUGAAGAGCCUUCAUAAUGAUCUUUGUGUUCAAGUGGAAAAGUAUGCAGAUGAGAUUGAGAGAGUUGAAAAAGAGUAUCAAGAAUUGGUGAAUUCGAUUGGUUCAGAAACCGAGUCACGAGCUAAAGAUCGUCUCAUGGCUGCUUUCACAAAGUUUUUACAAAGUGAUUUCAACAAGAAUGAGGAAAUUUUAACCAUGGUUGGGUUAGCUGUAAGUUCUGUUUAUAAUGAGGUUAAGGUUAGGUUACUCGAGGUAUUGAAUCAUUCAAGUGGGACAAGAGCUGAUCUGGCAACCCUUUUAUGCGAGUUUGAAGAGAAGAUAGAGAAAUGUGUUCUUGUAGCAGGUUGGGUGAAUGAAAUAAAGCAGUCUACUUUCAAUAGAGAAGAAGAUUCUUUUGAGACAAACUGGGCUUCAAUUUUCAAAACCAAUUUACUUUCAUGUAAAAACUUGGUUGCUCAAAUGAUUGAAAAUGUUCUACCAAACAUCGUAAGAUCUGUGAUUUCAUAUGAUUCGGAAAUCAUGGAUGCAUUUGGAUCUCUUUCACAAAUCAGGGGGUCGAUCGAUACAGCAUUGGAACAAUUAAUUGAGGUUCAAAUAGAGAGAGGGUCUUUAAUGGAGUUAGAACAGAGCUAUUUUGUGAAAGUGGGUUUCAUUACUGAACAACAGUUAGCUCUUGAAGAGGCUGCUGUUAAAGGUAGAGAUCAUCUUUCAUGGGAGGAAGCUGAAGAGUUGGCAUCUCAAGAAGAAGCUUGUAGAGCACAGCUUGAAGAACUACAUCAAACAUGGAAUCAGAAAGACAUUCAAACUUCUUCUUUAAUGAAAAGGGAAGCAAGUAUCCGAAACGGUUUAAUCUCUGCUGAAAAUCAUUUUCAGUCUUUAAUUGGUCAAGAACAAGAAAAGGAACCACAAUAUUCAAGAAGCAAAGCUCUCCUUUUAGCAUUAGUCCAGCCGUUCUUUGAAUUGGAAUCAGUUGAUAAGACAUUAUCAUCAUAUUCAUCAGAUUCUUCAAAUGGAAUGAUCACCCAAGUUACUGAUAUGAUUACCUAUGGUAGUGCAGUACCAGGGUUUAUUUGGAAAUUCUCGGGUAUACUGGAAAACCAUUUGUUUUUUAUGUGGAAAGUGGCUGUUAUGGAUUCGUUUCUUGAUUCUUGCAUACGUGUAGCAGCUUCAUCCCGGGAUCAAAAUUUGGGAUUUGACCAGAUUCUAAAUGCUGUCAAGAAAAAGUUAUCAAUCCAACUCCAAGAACAUAUCGGUCAAUAUCUAAAGGACAAAAUCGCCCCUCUUUUGUUGACCAUGCUGAAUUCAGAAAUCGAACUUUUAAAGCAACCAACUAUGACUCAAAACGAAUUUGAAGAGAUACGAGAUACGGGUGGUGUUGACAGAGUGAAACAAAUGCUUGAAGAAUACUGCAACGCACACGAAACAGUAAGAGCAGGAAUGUCAGCUGCAUCACUCAUGAAAAGACAAGUGAAAGAACUUAAAGAUGGUUUAUAUAAAACGUGUCUAGAUAUUGUCCAGCUGGAAUGGAUGCAUGAUGUCACCUUGAGUCCAUUACAUAACUGCAGACUCAUAUGUCACAAGUUUCUUUCAAGUGAGGACAACACACUUCCAGUUAUUCUAAACCUAAGCAGACCUAGAUUAUUGGAAACUAUACGGUCUUCAGUAGGUAAAGUAGUUCGAUCACUAGACUGCCUACAAGCUUGUGAACAGACUUCAAUUACAGCAGAAGGGCAGCUUGAGAGAGCCAUGGGGUGGGCCUGUGGUGGUCCUAAUUCAGGUUUGACCGGGUCAAACUCAAACUCAAACUCUGGAAGGACCUCCUCUGGGAUUCCACCUGAGUUUCAUGAUCAUUUAGCAAAGAGACGACAGCUGUUAUGGGGUGCACGAGAAAAGGCAUCAGAUAUUAUCAAAAUCUGUAUGUCAAUAUUGGAUUUUGAAGCAUCUAGAGAUGGGGUACUAGGGGCAGAUGGCAGUGGGAGGGCAUGGCAACAAGCUUACUUUAAUGCGUUAACAAAUUUGGAUGCCACAUAUCAUUCCUUCACACGUACAGAGCAUGAGUGGGAGUUAGCACAGAGUGAUAUGGAAGCUGCUUCAAAUGGUUUGCUUGUGGCAAGCAAUGAACUGCGUGUUGCUUCUGCUAAAGCAAAGUCUUCAUCUGGUGAUUUACAGGAGACUUUUGUUGCUAUGAGAGACUGUGCUUAUGAAGCCAGCAUUGCAUUGUCUGCUUUUGGAUCCAUUACCAGGGGUCACACUGCUCUCACUUCUGAGUGUGGUUCCAUGCUUGAAGAGGUUUUGGCAAUAACAGAAGGUCUACACGAUGUUCACACUCUGGGAAAAGAGGCUUCUGCAUUACACUCUUCUCUUAUGGGAGACCUUUCAAAGGCAAAUAGCAUUGUACUUCCACUGGAAUCGGUGUUGACUAAAGAUGUUGAUGCAAUGACUGAAGCUAUGAACAAAGAAAGAGAGACAAAAAUGGAAAUAUCUCCUAUUCAUGGACAGGCCAUUUACCAUUCUUACCAUGCAAAAAUUAAGGAUGCAUGUCAUGUGAUUAAACCUUUGGUUCCAUCACUUACAUUUUCAGUCAAAGGACUCCAUUCCAUGCUUACAAGAUUGGCACGAACUGCAAAUAUCCAUGCUGGAAAUCUUCACAAGGCUCUUGAAGGAUUAGGUGAAAGCCAAGAAAUAAGGUCACAAGACUUAAACUUAUCAUCAAGGCCAGAUCUUGUAGCUGAUGACACUGAAUACAACAACAACAACACCAACAAAGAUAACGACACUUUGUCAAGAUCCGAUACAGAAUGUGAUGAAGACUUGCCUCAAACCACUGGAUUGAGUUUGCAAGAUAAAGGAUGGAUAUCUCCACCAGACUCUAUUUAUGAUGCCAGCUCAGCAGACUCUUGUCCUAUAUCCACUUCCAAUAGUUUCACUGGUUCAGAAGUAACCGAACCGCAUCCAGAUGGACAUGAUUCCAAAGAAACCAACAAUGUAUCUGGUUCUGAUUCCGUGGAAUCAGAAUCUAGAGAAAAAGAUGAUGAUUUGAAAGAUGUGGCAUUAGUGCGUUCUGGUACUUCUGUAUCAAGUCUCUCUGAAAUGAAUAUAGGAGUUGAAAAUAUAAAAAUUGGUAAGCAACAUCAAGAAUCUUUAUUGGAUCAAGAGGAAACCCGUAAAUCACCUAUGCAAAAUGUAGAUGUUACAGGCCAAGCCAGCAGCAGGGUAAAAGGUAAAAAUGCAUAUGCCGUGUCAGUUUUAAGGCGAGUAGAACUGAAAAUAGAAGGUCGAGAUAUCACUGAUAACAGAGAUAUAAGUAUUGCAGAGCAAGUUGAUUAUUUGGUUAGGCAAGCAACAAAUGUGGAUAAUCUCUGCAAUAUGUACGAAGGUUGGACACCAUGGAUUUGAAAACUACAAACACUAUGCAAACAAUGUCUAUGUGCCCUACUCCCGGAUUCCAAAACUAGGGCAACUAUGGUCCACGCACCAUUUCAAACAGGGGCAAAUUCGUCCAAACAUGAUACAUGCUGAUUGAGAUUUGAGAAUCACCUUCAUAAGUAACAUCUCUGGUUCAAGGCUAGUCUGGACAUCACCUUCCUUGCCCUCGCCCUCGCCCUCGGGCACAUCUAAGGUACAAUUCUAAGUUUUGGAGGUUUGAGACGAGAAUCUUUUUGACAAACUAACUGUCUCUAGGUUUCUCGGAAAGCGAAAGAUUGGUAAACAUGGGGCGGGGCCCACAACUUAUUUAUAAUUGCAUGUACAUGUUGGCAAGUUUCUUGUGUGUUAUGUGGUAACUACAUUUCUGCAUGCUUCAAAGAGAUGCAAUUUCUUUCCACAUGCAUUCAUGACAUAAAACAUACUCUUUCUCAUUUUUUACAAUGAUAUCAAGGCGAUCAAAUA